GAAUGAUUCAUACAUAAGCAUCUACCUCAACUAUUCUUCUCUCUUUCUUGGAAAGUUGUACUUUUUUUUCUUCUCAAUUCAACCUCUUUUCUUUUUUGAUACAUACUUGAGUACUAGGAUAAUAUCGCAAUGUCGGAAGCUCAGCGCCCCAAAGUUGGUGUCGGCGUCAUCAUCCACGACGAGGCUGGCAACAUCAUCAUGGGCGAGCGCGCAGGCAGCCACGGCGCGGGCACAUUCCAAUGUCCUGGCGGCCACCUCGAAUACUCUGAAUCCUUUGCCGAAACCGCAGCCCGCGAGGUCCUCGAAGAAACCGGUCUCGAAGUCGGCAACAUCAAGUUUCUAACCGCCACAAACGACGUGUUUGGUGAGAGCAAACACUAUGUUACUAUUUUUGUCACGUGUACGAUUACGGGAGAGGAUAAGGUGGCAAAGCCGAUGGAACCACACAAAUGCGCAGCAUGGGAGUGGGUACCGUGGAGCCAGAUGUGGGCUUGGGCUGGUGAGCAAGCAGCGGCUGAGAAGGAAGGCAGGGAGGUGAAGAGGAAAAUGUUUUUGCCGCUUGUGAAUCUUUGGAGAGAGUAUCCGGAGUUGGAGUUUGCGUUGAGUGGGAAGAGGUAAAGGGAAGAAUGAGGGAUGCUAGAGGUUCCUUGCUUUGCUUGAUGGCCCAUGUAGUAGGGUAUGUGAUUCUCUUGGGCUGAAAAAAAAGCUAGACUUGCUAGGGGUUGCUUUCCACCAAGCAAGUUGAAACAAACUGACUUUUGGUGGAUCUGGUCUCUACGAUUGUGGGGGCAUGAUGAGAUAGCAAGUCAUGUAAACUUGUAUAACAAUGCCUAAAAAAAAA